UCGGGGCAGCAGUUUCCUCUGAGCGCGCUUGAGCGCGGCCCUCGGCGUGCGGCACCGGAAGCGCCGUCCGGCUCGCAGCCGCUGUCGCGGCGGGGGAGGACGGCCGCGCCCGCCCCACCCUCGUGCUCCCCGGCGCCGCCCGACCCCGCGUUGUUCUCGGGGCCCAGGGUCGCGGCUGACGUCCGCGGGGCCGUGGUGUGGAGGCUCUGCGGCCGCGGCAGGCACGGCCCGCAGCCGUUCCCCGGCCGGGGCCGUGCCCGCAGGACGCGCCGUGCUUGUCGACUGUGUCCUGACUGGCCUUCGACCUGAAGGACGUUUUCUCUAGGUGGCCCCUCGGCCGUGUGGGAACCGGGCGGUGAGACUCGCCGCCGGCUCGCACUGGCAAAUUAGAACUGUAUUCGGCAUUUUCAGGCCAUUUUGAUAACGUAAAACUAAAUCGCAAGGGUCUCACUCACUGACCUUAGCUUGGAUUCAAGGGGGCUGCCUCCCAAUGAGGAUCACUUGCCUUCCUCUCUCCGGGAAUUCGGUGUCAGCCAGCCGUCCGCAGUUUUAGCAAUAGCCGCUGCCUUCUGAGGACGGUGCGCUAGGUGCUUUUCAGGGUCUGUGCUGUGUCCUGGGGAUACAACCUUAUAUAAGAUUCGGUCUCUGUGCUCUAAGAUCUUACUGUCUGGUUGAGUCUGAGGGACAACUGUGUUGAUCUGGAGUCUACAACCAAAAGAGACUCUUCUUACGACUUCAGUUGCCAAAUCCAGGGCCCACUUUAGUAGUGGAGCAGAUAUUAAUAGAGGAUCCUAUUACCACAUGUCUUUCUCCUUUGGUGUAUGAUAUGAUCUGUAAACUUGGGUUUGAAGUCAGAGAAAAUUGCGACAUCAGUAGUAUUGUAACUGAAAACGGUGAUGUGUGCUGGAAGACAAUUACAGACUGUGUGGUUUAUACAGAAUCAGCCCAGGGUCUGGAUUACGGGGAAAGCGUGAGGCUGCUGGGCCCUGUGUGUGAGGCCGUCCACUUACAUCUGUCAUCUCUGUCCAAGGGGCAGUUUGAAAUGCGAUAUGCACCGGGGCUCCAGUGGACAGGUGUUCCAGAGUUAUUUCCUGAAAUAUUUGAUGCCUUGGAAAGUCUUCAAUCGCCUGCUAUUUCUCUUAGCUUAAUGAAGCUGACUUCAUGUCUGGAGCGAGCCCUGGGUGACGUGUAUUUACUGAUUGGGAAGGAAUGCCCCUUUCUUUUAAGAGAUCUACUUGCGUCUGAGGAGCUCGCUCAAGUCUUUGGGCAGCCUGUGAUGGAUGUGCUCAAGGUCUUCGUGGGCUCUCCAUGUGGACUCAACCUUCGCAACGUCCUGUGGCACGGCUUCGCGGCACCUCCGGAGAUUCCUCCAAAAUACUGUUCGAUGAUGCUAUUGUUGACAGCAGGACUGGGUCAGCUACUAAAGGGUUACCUUCAACAAGCUGAGUUUGCAUUGGCACAUCGACCUUUCGUGACUCUUACAGGCUUGGAGGAUUUGAUUGCUUUCCCUGAUGUUACUUAUGAGGUACUUUCAGUAUUAGAAGACGUGAUGAAGAAAUCCACUUUUAUACUAAAAAUCAUGUUGCCAUAUUGGGAAGUUGCAUUCGUCAAGUUCAAGUCUCACAGGUUUGCUGACUGUGUCAUAUUGUUAUUGGUGCAGCUAGAGACUGGACUUAGGAAAGUUUUUGCCACAGUUAACAAGUGUCCAAAGAGACUUCUUACUGCAGAGUCAACAGCUCUUUAUACUACCUUCGACGAAAUAUUGGCAAAACACUUGAAUGAUGGUAAAAUCAAUCAACUUCCUCUUUUCCUUGGAGAGCCUGCCAUGGAAUUUCUCUGGGAUUUCCUGAACCAUCAGGAGGGUCCCCGUCUAAGAGAUCGUUUAAGCCAUGGGGAAAUCAGUUUACCUGAAUUUCCAAAAGAAGCAGCCAAUCAGUUGCUUGCAUUUUCCUUUGUGCUUUUACUCAGAUUUAUUGAUGAAGAUCUAUUAUCAAUGUUUAAGGAGAAGGCAGCAGUGAGAGCGUUGAUUUGUCUGGCGGAAGCCUACGCCACUCGCUGCCAUCCAGUCGCUCAGCUUAGAAAGCAGAGCAGUUGUGCGUCGCCCUGCCAGGUGCUGAGCUGUGAGAGGAGCGUUGCGGUGUGGCCGCGGCUGCCUUUGCCCGAAGGAGCUGAAGAGGAGGCCGAGCGAUCAGAAGGUAAUUCUGAAGUAAAUGCCUGCAACUCUUUAAUCGCAGAAACUGUGGCCGAGCUGUGUCGCCACGUGCCCGAGACCCGCUGCGUUGCCCGCGACGCGGAGUGCCUUCCUCCGGGGAAGCGGCCCCCGCUGCUCCGUGAGCUCUGCUGCAUCCCUGUCCCGACCCUGUUCUGCCCCAGAGCCGUCCUGGAGGUGCUGGCUGUGCUCCGGAGGAUCGGCACCCACUGCCGCCGCGUGUGUGACCAGGUGGCCGCCUGCGCGGAGCUGAGGCGCCGGCAGUGGGAGGACAGGAGCCUGCGCUCCCGGCAGAGGCGCAAUUACCUGCGCCUGGUCCACAGUAUUAAGCUUCUGUCUCCUAUGCUUUACCUGAUUUUAUUGCUGAUUGCACUGGAAUUGGUCAACAUUCAUAUGGUUCUUGGGAAAAAUACUUCAGAAUAUCAGCAGUAUCUAAGGUUCUUAAAGUCUGUCUUGCAAUACACAGAGAACCUGGCAGCUUACACCAGACAAGACAAGAACAAGUGGGAUGAAGCUGUCAAUCUCACACACGCGGCUUUGUUGAAAAUUUGGACUUUUAGUGAGAAGAAACAGAUGUUAAUACAUUUAGCCAAGAAAUCCACAAAUAAAGUAGUCUAAUA